ACCGUGGAAGGGCAGGACACGACGCAGCACUAAACUAACUAGAAUAUGUCAUUAAUACGCCGACAGCGUGUGAGUGUGAAUAACGUGAGCUCGAGUUGUCAUCGCUGCAGCUGCAGUCCAGCUCUCAGCUGCGGAGCAACAAUCCCUCGGUUAAUUGGUCCAGAGCUGCGGAGUGUCAGCGUCUGACGCAACAGGAGCACCUAUCCGCGAGGGGGACACUGAUACCUGAGCACUUUAUGUCUUGACUCGCCGGGUGUACUUCAUCACGACCAACUCGGUUCUGCAGUGCAGGUCACCGUGGCGCUGAAGCAAAGCCCCAGUGUGUGCGUCCCAUCCGUGGCCAUGCUGCCUCCGAAGAACUGCCUCCCGAGGAACUACAGCUGCAUCGCGGGGCUCUUCGGAAGCCUGACCGCGGCCAACCCGAGACUGGAGGAUGGAGAAGAGUGUGAUGUGAUGAACGGCUCGUGUGAACCCAUGGAGAACCCGGUGGUGGACGAGAGGCCACGGGGCAGGGAGAUCUUUCUGAAGACCCCGCAGAGCCCGAAUCUCCGCCGUAGGUGCAAAUCGCUCCCUACGCCUAUGGAGAGGGCAAAGUUGGAGAUCGCACGCAGUAGAAGUCCGACCAGUCAGAAAAAGGUGCGCUUCGCUGACUCCCUGGGCUUGGAGCUCAUAACUGUGAAGCACUUCGACGAUGCGGACGACCCAGAGGUGCCGGAGCGCAUUUUGGCGAAGCUGCCCACGGCGACUCUCCAUCACCUGGACACAAAGUUCCCCCGGGCUCCUUCGCAGUCCGUGUUCAUGGAGCUGCAGUUCACAAACCCAGGCACUCUACCCGACUUCGAGCAGAAAGUCAGAGAGGUGAAGGUGCUGCUGGAGACGGUGCAAACGGACGACUUCACCCUCUCCGGCUUUGUGCGCGUCUUGAAUCUGGCCUUUGAGAAGAGCGUCUCCUUGCGCUAUUCCCUAAACAACUGGAUAACCUUCAUGGACAGCUUGGCCACCUAUGUCCCAGACUCGAACGACGGUGUCACUGACAAGUUCAGCUUUAAGAUUGUCAUGCCCGCCUACUUAGAUAACGGUAGCACCUUGCAGUUCGCCAUUAAAUACUGUGUCGGCGGGCAUGAAUUCUGGGACAAUAACAACGGGAACAACUACAAGGUGCGUCGCCAUCGGCUAAAGAUGUCGCCACCUCGUGAGUGGGAAAAUGGUUGGAUCCACUUUAUCUGAGUGAUGGGCUCUGAUUUUACGCACUCGAUUAGUGCGCUAUCUGCGCGUAAUGAUCUCCGGAUAGUCCUUAAUGUACGACUGUAGCCUGUUAAAUGUUUGGAUUCAUUUCUUCUGUCAUAAUCAGCCACUAACAUGCUGUGACAGAAAAUAUUGACCCAUGCUAUUUCCAAACAGCUGCCCUGUUGUGAUAAUAUUACAUUGACUAGAUGAGCCUGACAGGGUCCCAGCAGGAGGGGCGGGGAUGCGGUCUGAUAUAUAAUUUUUUUUUUUUUUUUUGCCUUCAUGUCAGGGCUGGUGAAGCUUGGUGCCCUUUGGGGAGGAGACAUGCGCAAAUGAUGUAAUAUGCCACGGAAAACGCCAGCUUCAGGCUUUACUACUCACGCCAGGAGAAGUUGUAACAUUUUGCAUUUUUGUUUAGCGGGCUUUUGGAUUUAACGGUAAACAGAGAGCCUUACUGCAUAGCUAUCUGGGUCCGGAGUCCCACAGUGAUCUCCUGCAGUCUUUGGAGGAAAAUACGCACACCCUUGCUGAAACAGAGGACAAAAUCUAAAUUAAAUAAUUUAACAUAGAUUAUAUAAACAUCAGAGAUAUUAAUAUGAAAAAGAUAUUUUAUGUACUAAAUAAUAAUUUCCUAUGAGAUUCUAUCAAAAAUGCCUUAUUCUAUUUGAAAAAUAUAUGUUAUUUUUGUGCAAUAUUAUCACCUUUUGGACAAAACGAACUAUUAAAUAGUUAUCAAGUGAUGUUUCCAGCCAGCAUUUGUGUUUGGUCGCCAUGUGAAUCUUGCUGUGGCUGGUUUGGAAACUAAAGACUUUAAAGUUUUAUUUGUGACUCUUGGCUGUUUAGCUCAAAGUACCAAGAUAAGAAUACCAAUCCUACUGCUUUUCUUUUUUUUUAGAUGACCUAGAUCUUGUUGUCAGAUUUAAUCACAAUUCUUAUUAUACUCCUUUUUUCCCCCCAGAUAGUAAAUGGUACAGUUAUUGCACAAACCUAGUUUUAAGUGGACCCUAGUGUAUAACUGGCUUCUUGUCUGGAACCUACAUGAGUGAACUACUGACAAACCAGUUGUGCAAAGCCAGAUGAGAACCAUGAAGGUAUUAGCUGGAUUUCAUAUUAAUAUUGAGAAAGCUAUUUCAAAUUUAGAAAUACAUCUAGGACCCAUAUGGAUGCAUUAAAGUUGUAGACAAUCCCAUUUGGGACCCAUUAUUCAGCACAGGUCCUUCUUGAAUGUGCUCCACAUGUGAAUGCUGGCUGGGUAAGGGCAACGUAGUUGGGUUGUAAUUUGCCUUCGUGUUAUUUUAAUCUGUAGCAUUAAUCCGAUUUUAUUUUCAGAAAACAAAACAGUGCAAUUCUUUUAAGCCUGUAUGACUAGGGUUGUGUUUAUACACAAUGGGAACCACUUCUUCUUACACGCUGUCUUGAAAAUCUUUCUUUCGACCGACUGCACUGCUCCAACAUGGUUGUUCUUCCAAUCAGGAAAACAUAUGCAGAGGCUGUAUGAGCAGUUAAGUUUACCUCACUUUAUUUAUGUACUUCCUCCUCUUCAGGUCAAUGGUGGUGAUAGAACAGAUGGUAUUUAUAGUAAUUAUUUUUGCAUUCAAACAAAAGCGUAUUAUUGUAUAUUCACAGAUGGAAAUAUUUUAGGUUCUCGAUUGCACUGUUAGCGUUGUUUCCACAAAGCAGUUUUGUCUGUAGACAAAGUAGCUACUACAGAUGACUGCGUUAAACAGCUUCUGCUGCUGUAAAGGUACUCAAUCACUUUGCAAGGGUGGGUGGGGGUAGUUGUCCUUUUGCACUUCACAGGAAUGACCAAACAAUGUCAGCCAUUAUUUAUUUCUGCAGCCCGUCUCACUGCUUGUUUUUCAUGCUGUAGUCGCGGAUGCAUCUGAUUUAUGCCAUGGUCUUUUCAACAUAAAUUGGUCCUACAGAUAUAUAUUUUUAUUGAAUUCUUUUUAACUUGGUCCCCUGUGCAAUGUACGCACUCAGUGCUUAUGGUGAACUAAAGCUUGUAAAUAAACUUGAAUGCAGAUACCGACUUUGCUCUUUCCUCUGCUAUAAUAAUGCUUGAAACAACAGGAAGCAGAGGAGGAGGAACACUCGGCGUGCUUAUAAUUCCAGUCCUCUGAGUGUAGUCUGAACAUCACCUUGGCCUUUAUUUACAUCCCCAGGGCCUCAGAGGAAAGUUUUCCACUGGAAGACCCCGGAAUGUGGAUGAAGGCUAUUCCUGUAACCACUUAGCUUGGGGUUUGGAGCUGUUCCCAUUAUGAAUCCAUCGGUGGUGUUGGUCCUCAACUUUGACACACGUCAGCACCCAAAGACUGAGGCUAAUAAUUGGCUCUGAUGAGGUGUGAGGGAGACUCAGUGACAUUUGCUACCACACAUCUUUAUUAUGUACAUAGUUGCAAAUUACUGUGGAUAUAAAAGGUCUCGUCAUGCCAGAUUCUGUUAUACGUUGUUGAAAACAACAUGUUGUCCGUCUAUGUGUACACUUUGGUCAAGCGGUGUAAUAGAACACAGCAUUGAUUUUCAAAGAUGAGAUAAAUAGAUAGAAACACCAAAAAAAUAUCCCAGCCAACAAAAAGUGAGUUUCUUACAUCGAAGACUUCACCGCCGCCUGAUCGGAUUUUCUAUGUUAGAAAAAUCUGAUGAGGUUUCUUAACUUGAAUGACUUUUCACAUUCUCCCUUCUCGUGGUACUAAAUUGUAAUAAACGUGUACAAAUCAGUUUUAGCUUCGAUGUUAUUGUUAUUGGUGCAUCCCAAUCAGAAAGUCAACAAAAGGGCCUGAGGUUUCAUUAGACACUCACCUGUAUGUAAACAUCGUAAUUUGCAUCAAAACACAGAAAUAUGUUACUGUGUAUGUAAUUGUGUCCGUGUUUCAUGCUGAAUGUCUUCCUAUUGGUGUUCUGUGUAUUUUUGAAGCAUUUCCAAUCUUUAUUGGUGCAAAUGGUUCAGUCAUUCAAUGCUGCAAAAUUAUAGGAAGUUCUCUGAGUCAAUUAACACACACGUCUAAUUGUAGAGAUGGAACAUAUUAUUAUGUUUAGUCUUGCAGUAAUUGUGGAUGUUGUUUGGAUUUGCUUGAUUUUUACCCUGAUAUUAGCCAGAAUUUGAGUCACACAUCUGAAAAAAAGGCAUGUACACUUUGUUUCGAUGCAAACUGCUCACUAUGUGAGUGAUUCGUAUCACGAUUGAUGGGGGACGCAAGUGAGGAAAGAUUGUAGACUUUAUGAACUCUGGACAGCGGCUAGGGACAUGUAAAGUCUGAAUAGGAAAUGUAAGAUGCACUUUGGUGCUUGAUAGCUUUUUGCAUGAAUGGCUCAUGAUUGUAGCUAAUACUGAGCAGUCAAAGCAGGUCUAAUGCAGUUAGAGGAGGAAAAGGGAUGUGUAUUUGUCUCUGAAAGUUUCUCCUUGGAAAUCUUUUCCAGCUUUUAGCACAUUGUGCUGCUCUUGUGUCUCAGUCUGUCUAAUGUAUUAUAACUUAAUGACACUGGUAUUUUUUUUUUUAAAUUUAUCUUCUUUUAUUUGCAUCUUUUCAGAACUAUUUGUUUUAACAUCUACACUGUGAGUUUCGUGUCCUUUAUUCUGUGAAAGUUCUUCAUAUUUGCACGUUAAGCAGAAACGUACUGUCAUGUUUACGUUUAGCUUGUAAUGUAAUUCCAUACUUUGUUAAAUUAAUACUUAAUAAAAGCUUUUGUGAUGGAAAA